CUCCUCGGCGGCGGCGGCCGCGGCAGCUCCGGGCUCCCCGCGGCGCUGACCGGCCCCGCGCUCACCGGGCACGGCCCCGCCGCCGCCCGGGCCGCGCUGGGGCCGCCCGCGCCGCCCGCGCCGGUUCCGGCCGCCGCCGCCCCUCCCUCGCCCGGCGGGUUCCGGGCCGCACAUGAAGGCGGAGGCGCCGCCGCCGCUCUCGGCAAGGGUCAGAGGACCACUUGCAAAGCAAAAGCCGCAAACCUUUGCUGAUCGUGUUGCCUCACAGAUUUCAUUCUGCUGCAGCCGGUGCCUGGGAUGGCGGAGGAGCGGGAGCUGCCCGGGGCGCGCGGAGCUGCGCUGGAGCCCGCGGCGCAGCAGCGCAGCAGCAGCACGUACCGCAGCGCCGAGCACUCGCAGGCCCUGCUCAGCGGGCUGCUGGCCCUGCGCGACAGCAGCGUCCUCUUCGACGUGGUGCUGCUGGUGGAGGACAAACCCAUCGAGGCUCAUCGCAUCCUCCUGGCCGCCUCCUGUGACUACUUCAGGACAACAUAAGAUGAGCAAACUGGAAAUAGCUUCAAUGCAAAUCUGCCAUAGCACGUGCCAUUGUCUGUUUUGCAGAGGAAUGUUUGCAGGAGGAUUGAGAGAGAUGGAACAAGAAGAAGUUCAUAUUCAUGGCAUCUCCUACAAUGCGAUGUGUAAAAUCUUGAACUUCAUUUACACUUCUGAGCUGGAACUCAGUGUGAACAGUGUACAGGAAACCUUAGCUGCAGCCUGUCAGCUUCAGAUUCCAGAAGUCAUUAAGUUCUGUUGUGAUUUCCUCAUGUCCUGGGUAGAUGAAGAGAACAUCCUUGACGUGUACAGACUAGCUGACCACUAUGACUUAAAGCAUUUGAGUGAGCAGCUGGACUCCUACAUUCUGAAGAACUUUACAGCUUUCUCAAGGACACAAGUGUACCGACAGCUGCCCCUGCAGAAGGUCUACUCCCUUCUCAGCAGCAACCGUUUGGAGGUUAACUAUGAGUUUGAAGUUUAUGAUGGAGCACUUUUUUAUCAUUAUUCUCCAGAGGAACUGGAGACAGAUCAGGUCUCCCUGAUGGAGCCCCUUAAGCUACUUGAGACAGUUCGUUUUCCUCUGAUGGAACCCCAGAUCCUGCAAAGGCUUCAUGACAAAUUAAGUCCAUGUCCUUUAAAAGAUACAGUUGCAGAUGCAUUAAUGUACCACAAGAAUGAAUGUCUUCAGCCAAUGCUUCAGAGCUCCCAGACACAGCUGAGAUCAGAGUUCCAGUGUGUGGUGGGAUUUGGAGGGAUGCAUUCUACUCCAUCUAUUGUCCUCAGUGAUCAAGCCAAGUAUCUGAACCCCUUGUUGGGGGAGUGGAGGCACUUUACAGCUGCACUAGCCCCCAGAAUGUCCAACCAAGGGAUUGCUGUUCUCAAUAAUUUUGUAUAUUUAAUUGGUGGAGACAACAAUGUAAGUGGUUUUCGAGCAGAGUCAAGGUGUUGGAGGUAUGACCCACGACACAACAGAUGGUUCCAGAUCCAGUCCCUGCAGCAGGAGCAUGCUGACCUCAGUGUUUGUGUCGUGGACAACUAUAUUUAUGCCGUCGCAGGCCGAGAUUACCAUGAAGACCUGAGGGAAGUGGAGAGGUAUGACCCUAAAACCAACACUUGGGAAUAUGUGACACCCCUGAAGAAGGAGGUGUACGCCCACGCGGGAGCAGCGCUGGAUGGGAAGAUGUACAUCACGUGUGGGAGGAGAGGAGAGGACUACCUGAAGGAGCUGCAGUGCUACGACCCCAGGACUGACCGCUGGGACGUGCUGGCGGACGGCCCCGUGAGGCGCGCGUGGCACGGCAUGGCCGCGCUGCUGGGGAAGCUCUACGUCAUCGGCGGCAGCAACAACGACUCUGGCUACAGGAGGGACGUUCACCAGGUUGCCUGCUAUAAGCCAAGCACUGAUCAGUGGACAAAUGUAUGUCCACUUCCUGCAGGACACGGAGAGCCAGGCAUUGCAGUCUUAGACAACAGGAUUUAUGUCUUGGGAGGCAGAUCCCACAACAGGGGAAUCCGCAUGGACUAUGUGCACAUCUAUGAUGCAGAGAGAGACUGUUGGGAGGAAGGACCCCAGCUGGAGGAUGAUAUUUCUGGGAUGGCUGCCUGUGUCCUCACGUUGCCCAGGGCUAUUUUAAUGGAAACAGAGAAGUGGCUCUCAGAGUGGCACGCAGACCGAAUGAAGCAUCAUCUUGACUUUCCACCAGAAGUUAUGAGUGUAUCAGACUGGGAGGAAUUCGACAACUCCAGUGAAGAUUAGAAAACUUUAAUUUCUUUUCUUGGAAAUUAAGGCUUGGGGAAAGUACUUGAGAGAUUUUAUAUGUCUUUCUUAUAUCAUAAAAGUAUUUAAAGGUUUUAAAAAUAAGUGUUCCGCACAAAAUGCCAUUCACAGUCAAUAUCUACCCAUCUGCAAGUGUCCUGCACAAAAUGCACUUACAGCCAGUACCUGCCCACCUGCCAGAAGCAGCGUUUUUAAAGUAACCACACAAUGCCAUUUCCCCCCAGUUGUAUAGAGGUUCUUGUACUUUGAAAGAGGCUUUUCUCAGCCUUCAGCAUGGACAGAAAAAAAAAGCACAGAAGGCUCAGCUUGACUAGCUUCUUUCCUUCCAGCUUUUAGCUCAAAAUAGCUUCUUGAGAUUUUUUUUUUCCUUUUCUUUUGGGUAAUAAAACUUCCUAGCCAGCUUAAUACAGGAAGGUAACACGUAGUGCUGCCCUCCUGUGCCAGGUGUCAGACAGCUUGAUUAGUUUUUCAGCAAGAGUGAACAUACAGAAACAGGAAGAGUAGAAGGAAAGUCUGAACCUUCAUUUCAUCUGGGCAUGCAGCCAUCCUUGUAACUGGCUGAGAGUCUGUGAACUGACACCCACUCCUGAACUUCUAUACUGCAAGUUCUGUCAACACAGUGGAAUGAAGAUUUCUAGAAAAAUCUCUCUGUACAGAAUAUGGCAAUCUCAUCAUUCCACUGUCAGACACAUUUUAUUGUUCUCAACCAUAAAUUAAUAAAUUCUUGUCAGUACUUUUUUAA